CUUCGUCUGCAUCUUCCUUGUCCUGGACGGCGAAGCUAUGCCGUUGGAUGCACAGCCAAUGGUCUCGAUAGGCACAGUUCAAGACGAACAGAUAUUGUGCAAACAAAUGUUCGACGAGAGCCAACAUGUGAAGUAGCAACCCGUAGCCAGAAGCCUGAUGUCCUACGCUUUCUUAAUCAAAGCUCACAUCCCAGUGGUCUCUCACGGCUGCGGGUCCCACGCCUACGCGCACAAUCUUAUGCGACCUCUCCAUGGACUCAUUGUGCUUCUGCGUGACCUUUGCGAAAGCCCUGAAAGUGUGGAUGUCUCCACCAGGCAGAAGCUGUUCUCUACAGCCGAUAUACCCUCCGAUAUUGCGGCGCGCGUGUCUUACGAAGACGGCGGGGAGACCGUUCGGCUCCGCUGGAUCAAUAACGUGCCCGACAUGCCCGUAGAUCAGCAGACAACUCUCCAACUCGACGUACUGAGACGCCUCAUCCAGUCUGGUGACGUUCGAGCUUCGACAGCACUGCCACAGCGCGUACCAUGGACCACCACUCGGUUCGUGCAGGACGUUGACGACAUUGACUACGAAGCUUACCUCUCCGACGACGUUGUGCUUCUUCAAGCCUUGCAUCACCUCCAUACUCACGGGUUGCUCUUCCUCACCGGCGUACCUGAUUCAGGUGCCGCUGUCGUUGACAUUGUUGAGCGUAUCGGCCCGUUGAAGAACACCUUCUACGGCUCAACGUGGGACGUUCGUUCGGUGCCGGAAGCAAAGAAUGUCGCCUACACGGCGCAAGAUCUGGGCUUUCAUAUGGAUCUCAUGUACAUGCACCAGCCUCCGCACCUGCAAUUUCUGCACUGUAUCCGCUCGUCUGCGUCUGGUGGGGCGAGUUUGUUUACCGACAGUUUCCGAGCCGCUAAGGAGCUGUUUGUGGAAGACGUACAGGCCUUCCAAACGCUUUGCUUCGAGUGGGUUAACUUUCAUUACAAUCAUCCAGAAUCUCAUUACUACUACCAGCCUCGUCACGUUAUCGAGCUCCAGCCCCUCAUCUUUGGCGAUCUGAAGGAUAGCAGUGGCAACCUUGAGGCGCUCUUGGAACGGGCACAGCAGUCCGCUUCUGCUGAUGUCGCGGAAAGCACUCCGCCUCACCUUGACAUUGCCAAUUGGCUUCAAGCCAUUGCGUGGGCCCCUCCGUUUCAGGCACCGUUCUCGUACAAACAAUUGCUAUCCAACUUGUCCUCCACCGAGCUGGGUGGACAGCCGUCACUCUUGCAGCGUUUCAACAUGCACGUCGAGAGAUGGCACAAAGCAGCGAGCACCUUCAACACCCUCAUUCAAAAGCAUGAAGGCAUCUAUGAGCGUAUGAUGAAGCCUGGCGAGUGCGUCAUAUUCGACAAUCGGAGAGUAUUGCAUGCGCGUAGAGCGUUUGAGGUGGGCGAUGCGGGCAAAGAAAGGUGGCUGAAGGGCGCAUACUUAGACUGGGAUCCGUAUAUGAGCAAGCUGAAGGUGCUGCAACGCCGUGUGACAGGCGCCAGCUGA